GAGAACCAGGGGCCACAGUCUUAGAAUAAAGGGGAAGUCAUUUAAGACUGAGGUGUGAACAAAGCUUUUUCACCCAGAGAGUUGUGAAUUUGUGGAAUUCCCUGCCCCAGAGGGCAGUAGAGGCCAAAUGACUGGAUGGAUUUAAGAGAGAGUUAGAUGGAGCUCUAGGGGCUAGUGGAAUCAUGGGAUAUGGGGAGAAGGCAGGCACGGGUUAUUGAUUGGGGACGAUCAGUCAUGAUCACAAUGAAUGGCGGUGCUGGCUCAAAGGGCCGAAUGGCCUCCUCCUGCACCUAUUUUCUAUGUUUCUAUGUAACUGCAGCGGAUUAGGGCAAAAAGAACUGUUAGUACGUGAUAUUCCUGGAUAAUGAUGAGACAACUGAAUUGUGAACAUUUAUAUGCUUGGAUUUUGUAUUAAAUAUCACUUACUCUGGGUAACACUUUGGACUCCUUGGGAGUUAGAGGCUGUGGACCAGAGUGAGUCCCGGGGGUGAGAAUUGAAUAAACUUGUUGGGUCAAGACUGGUGUAUUCGUUUUGGUAUAUUUACUAAACCAGAUCGAGGGUAAAAGAAUCCAGUUUGUCAAAUGCUCCAGUUUCUAUUCUUCAUAAGUUCAUAUGUGAUAGGAGCAGAAUUAGGCCAUUCAGCCCAUCGUCUUCCCCGCCAUUCAAUAAAUGGCUGAUCUAUCCCUUCCUCUCAGCCCCAUUCUCCUGCCUUGUCCCCAUAACCCCUGACACAUUGUGAAACAUACAGCUGAUGGACAAUGAAGUGUACAGCUUCUAAAAUAUUUUGUUUAUCCAGUAAUACUUUGCAGGGAGUGACUUUAUGAUAACAACCUAUACCUUAGCUAUGCAGUGAUUCUAUUUUGUUGCAUGUAAUCUCGAAUGUGCAAUAUUUAAAGAGCGGUUUUAGUAACAAUGGAUGAAUAAUGUGUGAUUGACGAGGUGAAGCUAACACAAAGAACUUGAGAAGUGGCCAGAGUCAAUGGGAACUGACUCCCUGAUGACGUGAUGUGUUUCGCUAGGCUUGCCCGUUAGUUAAUCUAGACCAAGUAAACUGGCCAAGGAGCCAACACAGCCCAGAGACAACUGGGCUUACUUAAGUCAGGAGCUACAGAGCGACUUUCUCUGACACAAGGUAGACGAGGUCGAGAGAUCUGAGGACAUUAACAAUGGUCACAGUUGCGGAUUCCCUUAAAUUAUUCCUCAUUGUUAACUGCUACACGGGAGAAAUACCAGGUGUCCGUGGAUUUAUCAAAAUACUACAUCUACCGGCGACUGUAAAAAUCAAAGAAGAUACUCCUGCAGGAACUACUAUCUUUAACUUUUCUGUGAAUUCAACAAUCGAUGGGGUAGGACUGACAGCUAAAAUAGCCAAUAGCAAUCCAGUCGACAACCUCUUUGCUGUUUCCGUGGUGAUUGGUCUGCGCUUGAUGGUGACAGUCGUACAAGACCCAGGAUUGGACUAUGAAACUCAAUCUAAUUACGUCUUAUUGAUCUACGUUGAAGAUGACAAGGGCAACACAGACUUUCAAACACUUACAGUUUUACUGGAUGAUGUCAAUGAGCCCCCAAGAUUCCUGGAUAAUCUGGCAAAUGGAGUCGUAUACGUUGACUUCCUGGAGAAUUUAGCCGUCGGUGCCUUGAUCUAUGAAGUUAAAGCGACUGAUCCCGACAAAGGUGACGACGUUCUCUCAUAUUCAGUCAACUCCUCGCUGGUUAUCAUUAAUCCUAGUGGGAAAAAUGGGGCAAUUCUCGCGGCAAAAUCAUUUGAUUAUGAGAAAGAUUUGCACAGUCUAAAGGCUUCCAUAAUUAAGCUUUUUGUCAUCUUGCCUUCAGUGCUUUAUCAAAACCUGUUUGAUGACCUACUUGUGAAACUCCAGGGAUGCUUUGCUAUGUUAGAGGCACAAUGUAACUCCAGGUUUGCUGUGUUGAUGACUAUCAGCGUUGUUGCCCUGUAUUAUGACAGCUUCAGCGUGAUCGUGACAGUGAAGGAUACACUGGGUCAUAGCAUCACAGGGAUUAUUGUGGUCAAUUUAAUUAAUGCAAACGACAACUGGCCAGUUUUCAAACAAAAUGAAACAAGAUUUAAUAUUUUGGAAGAAAUGCAACCAAAUUCAGUAAUUGGAAAGGUCACUGCCUACGAUCUAGAUGACGAUAAAACAUCCAGCAGCUUGAUUUAUUUUAUGAGCUCUCCAAACCAAUACUUCGCCAUUAACUCAGUUACAGGUGAGCUGAUUGUAUCAGCAAUAAUGGACCGUGAUAAUGGACCUUUCAGAGAUGUUCCAAUCCAAGAGUUUGAGGUCGGUGCCAAAGACCAUCCUUCUCAAGGGCAUGUAGCUUUGAUGACCAUCAUAGUCAACAUACGGGAUAUUAACGACAACCAACCUUUCUGUUUCCCACAUAGUUACAGUAUUCAGGUACCAGAAACGACUGAAAAGGAUACAACAAUCGUAACUAUAUCCUGCAAAGAUAAUGACGUUGAUCUUGCAAACAGACAGUUCACAACUUCGCUUCAACCUGGUCUUGGGACUGGCGGGAAAUUUGCUUUAAAUGGGAAGAACAGCACUACGAUUGUGGUUACUGGGGACCUGGACUUUGAAGCUGUUACCAAUCUUGAAGAUGACAAUGUUUACAUGAUGUCAGUAGUUGUCACAGACGUUGCCCCACCUCAUUACCAAGAUACAGUGACCGUCUACAUCACAGUCACACCAGUAAACGAGUUUCCUCCAACCUUUGGCCAGGCAUCGUAUACUUUCAACAUUUCAGAAUUCAGUGGAACAGGGACAAUAGUUGGACAAGUGUUUGCAGAUGACAAAGAUUUUCCACGGCUGAAACUCAUUUACUCGCUUGUCGCAGGGGGAAGCACACUGGGCUACAAUCAGAUGUUUUGGAUCAAUCCAACAUCAGGGGAUUUGCAUCUUGUGGCUCGAGCUAACUAUGAGGCAACUGCUCAGUAUUUGCUGACGGUGCAGGCUGUUGAUGCAGAUCCCGAGGAUCAAAAAGCUGCUACAGUCACUGUCACAGUGAACAUUCUACCGACCAAUGACGAACCGCCCGACUGUCAGCCAAAAUAUUACUCUCUGGCAAUUCUUGGCGACACGCCUGUGGGAACGAACGUUCAAGGCUUCCAGUUAUCCUGCACAGACCUUGACUCUCCCCCUCAGUCUUUCCGUUACUUCAUAACUUCAGGUAACAUCAACAACCACUUUAGACUAUCUCCGAACGUUGGAUCCAACAUCACCAAGCUAAUACUUGCUCUUCCAUUUGAUUAUACACACGGUGUUGAUAAAGUCACUGAAUAUAAUCUCGUCGUUCAAAUAACUGAUGACAACCUUUUUGCUGGAAGUGCAGACCGCAAAGUCGUGCAGACGGGAAGUGUAAUGAUCAAUGUCAGAAUUAUUAUACCGACACCCAGUACUCCAGAAACAACCACCACCCCAAAUAUAACCUACAUCAGACUAUCUCAAAACACCUACGAUGCAGAUGCUUGGUACAUACCGUUUGUCAUCACCCUGGGUUGUAUCUUGCUGCUUGGACUGCUGACAUAUUUGGCAUACCAUUUGGUUCAGUAUAUCCGCUCCUUACCAAAGUCAUCAAAGAUCAUGAAAAAGCCUCUGGUGGAUGAACAAGAAUCCAAGAUGAGGAAGCAGCACAGUGUGAUUGUGGAAAUGAUCAAACGCAAUGCAAUCUUUAACGGAGAAGCAGUUGAUCCAGUCACAGGUAACGUGUAUCAAUAUAACACAAACUCUGGUGCCAGACGUUGGAAGGAUACAAAGCUGCCAAUGAAGGAUUACGGGAAUGCUGGAGAUGAAACCCUUAUUGUUAAGCCCAACGUCAUCAAGACCAACGAGACGACUCAUACAGCACAGGGCAACGUGAAGGAGGGGCAUGAAGGCAAGAAUACGCUGCCGAACAUGCCCAGUGACCAACCUUCUGCCAAACCCCCUCCUAAACUGGGGAAACAGGUCAAAGUUGCACCACAAAUACCAGCACCAUCUCAAACUGAAAAUUCUUUGGCUCAUAUUUAGGUUCAAUGAGUUUAGAGUUUUGAGUUUAGAGAUACAGAGUGGAGAAAGGCCUUUCGGCCCACCGUGUCCGGGCCUACCAAUGAUUCCCACACAUUAACGUUAUCCCACACAAUUUACUAUUUUACUGACACCAACUAACCUGCAAAUCGUCAAUUAAUCUACAAAACGCGUACGUCUUUGGAGUGUGGGAGGAAAGUGGAACAACCGGGAGAAAACCCACGCAGGUCAUGGGAGAAUGUACAAACUUCGUACAGACAGCACCCGUAGUCAGGUUCGAACCCGGAUCUCUGGCGCUGUUAGGCAGCAACUCUGGCGCUGAGCCACUGUCUUCAAAUAAAGGACAUUCUAUUGAUAUCUCUACGUCCUGGCAAUUGCUAAUGCAAAGGCAACUCAGAGGGAACCACAGAAAGUAGCAAUUCUUUCAAUAAUUUCCUGCCCCAGAACAUCAUUGCAGGCAAAAGGAGACACAAUGUGUGUUAUUCAGUGGGUCAAGCAGCAAUCUACGGACAGGGGAUGUUUUGGGGAAAAAGGGCCCCGACACAAAACAUCACCUGUCCAUGUUCUCCAGAGAUGCUGCCUGACCCGCUGAGUUACACAUCUUCCGCAGAGACCGCUCCCUCCGUAAUUCCCUGGUCAAUUCGUCCCUUCCCACCCAAACCCCUCUCCUGGCACUUUCCCUUGCAACUGCAGGAAAUGCUACACUUGUCGCUUUACCUCCCCCCUUGACUCCAUCCAAGGACCCAAGCAGUCUUUCCAGGUGCGGCAGAGGUUCACCUGCACCUCCCCCAACCUCAUCUAUUGCAUCCGCUGCUCUAGGUGUCAGCUGCUCUACAUCGAUGAGACCAAGCGUAGGCUUGGCGAUCGCUUCGCCCAACACCUCCGCUCGGUUCGCAAUAACCUACCUGAUCUCCCGGUGGCUCAGCACUUCAACUUCCCCUCCCAUUCCCAAUCCGACCUUUCUGUCCUGGGCCUCCUCCACACACACAAAAAUAUAUCUGUAAACUGUUAUUUCAAGGAAAACCACUGAGGGGUGCAGGAGUGCCAGAUAUUUAAAUAGGCAGCACAGAACAUCGCCUUUGAUACAAUUUGUAUUUGUCCUCACUCUGACAAUGGAGGAGGCCCAGGCCAGAAAGGACAUAAUGGGAAUCACCUGAGCUCAGCCGCCUUGGCCUAUAUUGUCUCCCGGUUGCCAAAUAACUUUAACUCCCCCUCUCAUUCCCACACUGACCUUUCUGCCCUGGGCCUCCUCCACUGUCAGAAAGAGGCCAAAAUCAAUUUGGAGGGACAUCACAUUGUAUUUUGCUUGGGCAGCUCACAACUCAACGGUAUGAAUAUUGAUUUCUCUAACUUCAAGUAACCCCUGCAUCCCUCCCCAACCCUAGUCGUCGUACUAGUUUCACUGUUGUCCUGCUGAGUUUUACUGUUUGUAUCACUCGUUAUUACCUUUCCCACAGCCAACAAUGGACCAUUGUGGGCUCCACCUUUCCUUGAUCAUUGUUGCUUUAUGCAUAUCCUACAUUCAUUUGUUCUACCUUUUAUAUCUCUCGUUUCCCUCUGCCCCGACUCUGUCUGAAGAAGGGCCCCGAGCCAAAAUGUCACCUAUUCCUUUUCUCCAGAACUGCUGCCUGACCCAUUGAGUUACUCCAGCAUUUUAUGUCUACCUCUUUCUUGUUGUUAUCUUGUACAUCAGCUUCAAUUUAAUUUGGAAAUUACUGCAUUUUGUAACCUGUCAUCUGGUGACGUACAUGCGGUUUAGAAUGUGCUUCACACUGUGCUCAUCUGCUUCAGUACUAAGUUGUCAUUACAUUGGAAAGGGUGCAGAGGAGAUUAACAAGGAUGUUACCUGGACUUGUGGGUUUGGGUUAUAAGGAAUGUGUAGGAAGGAACUGCAGAUACUGGUUUAAACUGAAGAUAGACACAAAGUGCUGGAGUAACUCAGAAGAAGAGAGGGAAUGGGUGACGUUUCGGGUCGAGACCCUUCUUCAGAGUCUGCAGAAGGGUCUCGACCCAAAACGUCACCCAAUUCCUUCUCUCCAGAGAUGCUGCCUGUCCCGCUGAGUUACUCCAGCUUUUUGUGUCUAUUUUGAGUCAUGAGCUUUGACUUUCAGACAUUUGGUUGGAUAAGCUUUGACUUUCAGACAUUUGGGCAGGUAUUUGGACAGGCAGGGCUUAGCGAGAUAUGGGCCAAAUGCAGGUAAAUGGGACUAGCCUAGAAUGACAACAUGGUCCAAAGUUCGACCAAAAGGGCCCGUUUCAUGCUCU